ACUAAGUGGUUUUCGUGAAUUAGGGACUAAAGACACAGUAAAGCUAAGCACUUCAUGGAUGCGACACCUUGGAAACUGUUUCGAUGUUAUCAAUUUAGGAUGUCCACCACAGUUGUAUGGUAAAGACUGUAUCAAUGAAUGUCAUUGUUCUCGAGCGGAAUCAUGUCACGAAAUUACUGGAAAGUGUGAAGGUGGCUGCGAAGAUGGAUGGUAUGGAGAGAAUUGUGACAAGCGAACAUAUGUUAAUAUUGCUGAAGGUAAACAAACAUAUCAAUCAAGUACUUAUGGAGAGAAAGGAACACUAGUUUUCUUUAAUGGAACAUGUAUGGACAGGAAUGUAGGCAUGACAUCCGACAAGGCGGUUGACGGCAAUUUUGAUCCUGGAGUCAUACAUAAAUCAUGUGCACUUACUAAGAUAGAAAAAGACCCAUAUUGGCAAGUGACGUUUGAUAAGCCAUACAAGAUAUCUCACCUGAGAAUAUACAAUCGAAUGGGAAACCGUAAGUAUUGUUUAAAAUGCUAUUCCCGUUAUUGUUGUUACUUAGUCUCAUUUAGACCUGAUUAAGCAGGACGAUGACCA